AGGCUCUACGUUCACGGCCUGGCGGAGUUCUUCUGCGGAAACGAUUGGAGAUGGAACAUCUUCGACUUUCUCGUCGUGGGCUUGCAGUGGUUUGAACAGGCCGUCGACCUCCUCUUCAUGGCUUUCGGCGGGCACCGCAAUGGCACGGUCAUGAAUUUUGGUUUCCUGCGCAUUCUGCGCACAUUGCGUGUUGUGCGAAUCAUGCGCUUAGCCCGGGUCUUGCACCUCGUGGUCGAGCUUCGUACCAUGGUGUCCUCAAUUGUGGCGUCCUUGAAACCGCUCUUCUGGGCCACGCUCUUGUUCUCCAUGCUGAUCUAUGCCGUGGCGGUGGCGAUGACUCAAAUUGCCAAUGAGUAUCGCUCCAGCAGUGGUUCUGACAGUCAGCUUGAAAGGUACUUCGCCAACCUUGGGGUGGCCACGCUGGCCUUGUGGGAAUGCAUCUCGGGGGGCAUGGAUUGGCAGGACAUGGCGCAGCCUCUCAUUGACGACGUGUCUCCGAUGAUGGCCAUCGUUUUCUCGGCCUAUGUGGCGUUUUCAGUGCUGGCCAUGAUGAACGUAAUCACAGGCAUUUUCGUUGACAAUGCCAAGACCUACGCGCAGCAAGACAAGGAUUCCUACGUCGUGCGGCAUGUGUUGAACCUGUUCAAACAAAGCGAUUUGAAUGAGCAAAAUGCUAUCGACUGGAAGGUGUUCCAAGCCAAGUUGGACACUCGUGAGCUCCAAGAACUCUUCGACGCAGUGGACGUCAAUGUGGCGGAUGCUCGCAGUCUCUUUAAGCUCAUCGAUACGGACAACAGCGGCAGCGUGUCGCCGGAUGAGUUAAUGCGUGGAUGGAUUCGCUUGCAAGGGCCAGCGAAGGCUUUGGACUUGUCGCUACUCCUGAGAGAGUCCACACGGAAUUUCGAGUCCAUCCACAGGCACUUGAGUGGUAUGCGCCAAGUAAUUUCUUGGUUGGCGCGGUCCAUAGUGGGACGUCUCAGAAAUGGGCCGAACUUUGCUGGGCUAAAAGCCCGGUGGAGACAUUGGUCUUUCCCGACCUCAACCAGCAGUUAGAACACGCUCCUCUUGACCUGUUGGAUGUCUCUGAGAGGUCUUUCACAUUGAGCCCGGGCACCGUCAGG